GUGGCUUAGUCGUAUGAUCGUAUCCUGCUCUUUCUAGAGUGAAUAAUGCUACACUAUCCACAUAUAUAUGACAUUAUACUAUCUAAUAGAUGAAUAGUUCACAAAUACAUGUAAGUCUCAUUUUUAUUAAAGAGAUGGUAAAUAUGAUACGAAAAACGUAGUAAGAGUUGCAUUUGUACCUUGAAGAGUAGAAUAUCACUUUGUUUAGAACAUAAUACCAUAUAAGGAAUUACAAAAUACCACACCUUUAAUAAAGAUUAAAGAUGGAACGCACAUAUGUUUGAUGGCCUACUUUUGUUAAAAAAAUGGGUACAAAAUAUGAUAUAAGGAACACAAAGUGUAAUCUACGGUGGAAAUUGAUACAAAUAUGAUGUAAAACAUAUGGUAAGUGUAAUCUACGCUGGAAAUUUAAUUUCCACGCCACUCUCAAAAAUCCAAUUUAUUGUGCUCGUGUCGUUUCCCUUUUAAGCCAGGCAGUCACACGAAGUAGCUCAAACUCUUCCACGACUUCACUUCAACAUGCAAUUCAUACCCUUUCUUACGCCACUUGUCACGACUUCACUACAACUAACAAAACUAGUGACAAUAUUUUCAAACCCUAAAUCAUUGCUAUAUAAUCAACCAGUCUCUUCUCAACUGAUCAUCAUCACAACCCAAACCAAUCUCUCCAAACAUCAAAAAUGGCAACGACUCACGCACAGGUUCCCGGCGAGCCAACCCCGACGAGCAUGGCCUUCCUUGAGACCGCGACAGCCGCGGUCCAAAACUUCAGCCCUAUCAAAAGCAUCCACCAGCACCUUUGCGCCUUCCACUUCUACUCCCACGACAUGACCCGCCAAGUUGAAGCACACCACUUCUGUGCCCACCAGAACGAAGAGAUGCGUCAGUGCCUCAUCUACGACAGUGAAGCUGCUGACGCCAAGCUCAUUGGCCUCGAGUAUCUCAUAUCCGAGGCCCUCUUCCUCAAACUCCCGGACAGCGAGAAGCCGCUCUGGCACUCGCAUGAAUACGAGGUCAAGAGCGGGGUUCUCUUCAUGCCCGUUCCGGGUCCCAUCGAGAGGCAAGACCUGGACAAGCUGUGCAAGACUUAUGGGAAGACCAUCCAUUUUUGGCAGGUGGAUAGGGGGGACGAUUUGCCGCUCGGUAUUCCGCAAAUUAUGCUGGCUUUAACUAGGGAUGGACAGUUGCGACCGGAGCUCGCGAGAGACGUCGAGAGGCGGUAUGGGGUGAGUUUUGAGGAGGAGAGGGAGAAGCGAGCGUAUAUGGCGGGGCCGAAUCUUGGGAUUCAUCCUUUGGCCAACGGAGAAGAAAAAGGGUUUAAGACUGAGCUCAAGGAGGCGGGCUGUAUGCCUGUUGAUUCUGUUCCCAGUGUCUUUGUUUGAGUCUCUAGCUAUGUAAAAUAUAAUAGCCUGCACUGAGCAGUAGUAUUUGUAUGUUUUGUAUGGUGUAAUUUUGUGGAUAAACUACUAGUUUCGUGUUUGAAUAUUUCUAGGGCUUCAUGCUCUAUGUAUUUAUA